AUGAUGUUUAGAGGUAUGCUUUGUAUCUUUUUACCAUAUACUUUGGUGAGACUUAUCAUCAUCAAAAAAGAUGAACGACCGAUUAAUACGAGUGCCGUAAUGCCUGCUGCACCUUUAAUACGAUGCCCAGCUUGUUACGCCGAUGCUGUAAUCAUCAAACGUGCACAUCCAUCACGACCACGACGACUGGGUUGGCUCAAGGCCUUGUUUACGUGCUGCUAUAGUAGUCGACAACACCAUGAUGAUGAAUCAGCCGCUUACAGCAACAAACACCACGAUGGCAUGCGAACGGGCGAGUGUCAGGCUUGUGAAUUUGCUUUUCAUUUCCCAGCAACGGGCAUGGAUGAACGAGUUUCCAUGUCAUCACUAUCACGACGUGGAUCUGAUAUUCUUGAAAGCGAUAAACGACAACAUGCGAUUCAUCCUUUACGCCCACCUUCAGCUGCAUGGGUCGUACGCACGGGUUGGACACCACAGCCUGACUUUUUGGAGUUGAUGCAGCGUGUAUGGUGCGGGGAAUGUGGCGUGUUUGUUGAUAAGAGAGAUGCCACGCCUAAUGGAUGCUGUGGGCAAUGCGGAUCAUCCCUUCGUGCAUAA